UCCUUCCCUCCCCGGCAGCAACCAGACGUGCCUGGAGUCACAGGGUGGAACACGUAGCUCCAAUCCACCCACUCGCUCACAUUUAACCCAGCCUGCAGCCUCCCAAUUACUCCUCGGCUCAGUUCCCCCCUCCCCUCCCCUCCACACACUUCUCCUUCCCUCCCUCUGUCCCUCCCUCCCCACCAGCUCAUUCACUUGGCUUGCACGGUCCAGACGUCGCAGGGAGAACAGAAAGACAGUCUGUGCGGGCAGACAGACCCGAGAGGCAGAGGCAGAGAGGGGACUCCUGCACGUUGAGAGCAUCCCUCCCUUCGCACCUCCAGCCGCAUCCUCCUCUCCCCGGGCUCCCACGGGUUAAGCGCAGGGGACUUCCAGCGGCAGGGGAACAGAAAGAAAGACUUCUCGGGUCUCCUGCGACUCCAGCGAGGGGGGUAGAUCCCACGGCCGCCCGCUCCGCGAGUCCCUCACAGGCAGGGCAUUAAGUUUUCCGCUCUAUCGCCGUGCCAUGGAAAGGAUCACCAGCGCCCAGCCGCCCCCCGCCUGCCUGGGCAAAGUGCCGGGACUGGAACCCAGCGAGAUGGCAGGGAUGGAUUUUGCCCACAUGUACCAAGUGUACAAACCGAGGAGAGGAUUAAAAAGGAGUGAAGAUAACAAGGAGACCUAUAAAUUGCCGCACCGACUGAUCGAGAAGAAAAGACGUGAUCGGAUUAAUGAGUGCAUCGCCCAACUGAAAGACCUUUUACCCGAACAUCUCAAACUUACUACUUUGGGUCACUUGGAGAAGGCUGUGGUUCUUGAGCUUACCUUGAAGCAUGUGAAAGCACUUACCAACCUGAUCGAACAGCAACAACAGAAGAUCAUGGCCCUUCAGAGUGGCUUACAGGCCGGUGAGCUAUCCUCAAGAAACCUUGAUGCCGGCCAGGAGAUGUUCUGCUCUGGUUUCCAGAUGUGUGCCAGGGAGGUGCUGCAGUACCUGGCAAAGCACGAAAGUAGUCGGGAUCUGAAAUCUUCGGCUCUGGUCAGUCACCUCCACCGCAUGGUCUCCGAGGUGGUACAGGGUGGAGCUGGCCACAAGCCUGGUGAUCCCACCCCCAAAAUGAUGGACUUCAAAGAGAAGCCCAGCUCCCUGACCAAAGGCACCGAAGGGCACGGGAAAAAUUGUGUUCCAGUCAUCCAAAGGACUUUUGCCCAUUCGAGUGGCGAGCAGAGUGGAAGUGAUACAGACACAGACAGUGGUUACGGAGGGGAAUUGGAGAAAAGUGACUCUAAAGCUGACCAGCAGUAUUUUAAAAAUGAUAAUGAACAUAAAUACCCCCUGGGAGAAAGAGUAAGCGCCAUUAAGCAAGAAUCCGAAGAUCCACCUGCAAAAAAGACCAGACUAGAAAUGUCUGACAGGGAAAGCCAUUUUAGCAGCGAUCUGAUCGGGUCUUCCUUUCUGGGCCCUCACCCUCACCAGCCUCCCUUCUGCCUGCCUUUUUAUUUGAUCCCGCCAUCCGCAACGGCCUAUCUUCCCAUGUUGGAGAAGUGCUGGUAUCCCACCUCGGUCCCAGUCUUGUACCCUGGGCUCCCCGCUUCAGCGACAGCUCUCACCGGCUUCAUGAACCCAGAGAAGAUCCCUCCUCCCUUGCUGAUGCCCCAGAGACUCCCUUCUCCACUGCCAUCCCAUUCCUCCAUCGACUCGGCUCUGCUCCAGGCUCUGAAGCAGAUCCCACCUUUAAACUUGGAAACCAAAGACUAAAGAUAGUGUGACUGCCCUCUUUUAUUUUGCCCCUUGGGGAAAAAAAAAAUCUAACGAGACUAAGCUUGCAUACCCAGAGAAAUGGAGGUGUGGAGAUUAGGCUUGGCGAGUGUGUUGUAUAUGUGUGUGUGUGUAUUUGUGUGUAUGUGUGUAUGUAUGAAUGGCUUAGAGUGCAUAUGUGUAGGACAUGGAAGCCUCAUUUGGUUCCAACAGUCAGAAAGCUUAGGGAAAACAUGAAGGAUGGACCCAGGUUAACAUAUUGUAGGGUUUGUGUUGUUUAGCAUCAUUUUGUUUGAAUAAAACCUCCCAGAUUUUAGCCACCCAGAAAAUAGCCAUUCAGAACUGUGACUUCUGUUCAGUUAUCCAGAUUUCAAUUUGGGGAGAGGGCUUCCGGGGAGGGUUUUUGUUUUUUGGUGAACUGGAAUAUGGUACUUUUCAUGUGAGGACUUGACAAAGCACAGCUCCCCACCAGGCCCACAGCUUGAGACGGACUUAUUCCACCCCACCCAUCUCCUAGUAUUUUCCGUGUGACUCACACAAAGGGCAGUCAGUCUGAGAACUGGUGUUUGUUCAGCUCCAUCCAAAAGCUCUAAAGUAGCCCCCGCUAGCAUUGUCCCCGAGUGCUUCAGGGAGACUUAAGAUGGCUUUCUCUCCACACCUUGGCCUUGAAGGAGUACAUUGAGUAUAGUUACUGUUUAAGCUUUAUAUGGUAAUUAACCAAUUAAGGGACUAAAAUAUGUCCAGUUGGACAGCCAAAGAAGGAAUGAGGGGUAGCCCUCCAGAUCUCUUCGGCUCCCAAUUGUCGACUCCUUUUGUAACUGCUGCCCAGGUGUCCAAGGUACAGGAGAGCAGAGAAACCGAUUUUAAAAAGCUGCUUAAGUUGCAAGAGGGUGUUUCAGUCUGCCAUGGCAUGAAUUGCUACUUUAAAAAAGCAAAUUUGAACAUAGUUUUUUUUUUUUUUUUGAAACUUCUGCUAAGUCUUAGCCCUUCAACUGCCUGACCACCCUUGACCAGAUCGUUUCUGCAGUGAUAGUGCCCCUGUCUGAUGGCUUACAGCAACUGUCUUAACUUAAAAAAAAAAAAAAAAAAGGCAAAAAAGCAAAAAAAAAAAAAAAAAAAAAAAAAAUCUCCCUAGUUUUCCAAAAUAUUGUGUCCAGAGUAAUUGUCUUCUGAAUUGUCUGUCUACGACUGCACCAGCUAUUGAAUGCACUAUGCCUGAUUGUGUGUUUUAACUUCUUUUGGGGUAUAAAGUUAUUGCCUUUAUUUGUAAAACUGUUAUAAAUAUAUAUUAUAUAUAAAUAUAUUAAAAAGUAAAAUGUUUCAGAUGUUUAUUUGUAUAAUUACUUGAUCAAAACAAGUGAGAAACAUGAAUGUAUUUCUGUUUUAAAAGAGAAAAAUUUUCUCUAGAGAGAGGUACAGUGUUUAUAUUUUGGAGCCUCCUUGAAAGUGUAAAAUUGUAAAUAUUUUUAUCUAUGAGUAAAUGUUAAGUAGUCGUUUUAAAAUACUUAAUAAAAAUAAUCCUUUUCCUGUGGAAGAUAA